AUGCAAAAAAGAAAAAGAAACAGAAAAUUUGUCGUGUGUAUUCAAUGUCGGAAAAGAAGGUCAAAAUGUGAUCGUGGGCAUCCAUGCUCAAGAUGUGCUCGUCUUGGAACCGAUUGUGAGUAUCUUGAAGCAAACAAAAAGCCAGAAUUAACUUCUAUAGAAACACAUGGCGUGACAGCACAAAAUUCUCUUAUCGCAGAAUUACAGUCGCAAAUUAAUUUGCUAAAGAGACAAAUAGCACAUCCGGAGGUUAAUGUGAAACGGGAACACAAAUCAACCCGACCAACGAACUCACUUUUAGAUGUGAAGAUCCCCACUCUGAAGAAGAUAUCAUUGGAAAGAGGGCGAUCAAAUUCUACAUUUUAUGGUCCUGCCUCAAGUUUGUCAACAAUUUUCUCAGAGCAUAUUCUUGAGCAAUUCUCACGUUGGAAUAUUGGCUUGAAUAAGGAACGGGAAACGCUUAUAAGUUCUAACCUUACAAACGAAACACGACUUUCAAUUGUGAACAUAGGAUCCAACAAGGAUGAGAUCCUUCAAAAGGCAGAGGCUGCUAUUUGCUCUGAUUAUUAUGCUUUUAAAGAUUGUCUUGAAUGGUUUGGGACAAAUUUAAACGAGUUGGUAUUUCUUGACGCCAUACCAACAUCCAAGUUGAAGAAAGCUUUUUCUGCACUGUUAAAUCCGCCUUCUUCAAACAGUUCGGCAAGCUUUAAAUACCAUACCAAAGAACCAUAUUUUUUUGGUUCAAUGGCUGCUAUUUUCUCUGUCGUGUAUCUUGUAACUCUUUUUCGACGAUAUUCUCUUGCCAUUGAACAACCACCAAUUAUGACUACUUCCAUUAAAGAUCUAAGGCAAUUAUCGAUACAAUUACUAAUUGCUUCAGAUCUUAAUAAAAAUAGAAAUAUAAUGUCAUUGUUGGCACUCAUUGUGAUUAAGAGUGGUCUAUUCGAAUAUGACAGUAUUGAGCAUGAUAAUGAAUGGGCAGACUCAUAUCCAUUCUUCCAUAUUUUACUAAACCUGUGCUACCAAUUGGGACUACAUUUAGAAUCAUCCGCAGCUAUUAGGAUUGUGCCCACUGAUUCCGCCAAUUCAGAUCUAUUUAUUUCAAUUAACACGACAGAAAAAAAGCACAUAUGGAAUUUAGUGCUACUGCAAGAUGCAAUAUAUUCUCUAGCUCUAGGAACGCCACUUUCUAUAAAUUCAAAAUUUUGUGCACUCUAUCAAACUACAACAGAUAACACUUUAGAAAGGUUGCUUAUUCGGGGAUUCAAACUUAUUAGACAAACAUCUUUAACGGUGAACAGUAUCGAGCCAAUAAGCUUGAAUAUGGUGAACACAUUAAUAAGCGACAUUCAGGAGCUUUGCCAUGAUUUGCCGUGUAAAAUAUUUACGUGUGAAGAGGGACAGGUUCCUGAUUUCAAUUUGAGCGGUUUGUGCAUUCUGUUUAAACUUAAAAUCUUUCUUUUGCACGUUCUUGAGAGUCUUUAUCGGAUGAUAAUUAUGGGGGCUGCUGAACUUCAAAAAUCCCUCACAAAAAAUGAGCUGAAGACAGAAGAUUCCAAAAUCUUGUCGAAAAUUUGCGAGACGUCUUUUAGGCAGUCAACAUUUCUCUCUGCUGCAGUUGUAUGGCAUAUUCAGAAUUUCUUUUCUGGAAGAACGGUUUUUGCCACAUCUGAUCCAAGAUACUCACUAUUCUUAAGGCGAUUCUGCAUGGCUAGCUGCAACCAAUCAUUUACCAUUUGGUUCACAUACCUCUUUGGAAAAAUGAACAAAAGUGCUCAUAUUAUUACCGACAUAGAUGGUGAUAACCCACUUAAUGACUACAUAUCAAGUAGCGAUGGGUCAGCUUUCCAAGGGGAAGUGGAUUUACAAAUAUUAGAAGAUUCUCUAUUUUACAAAUAUACAAACAAGAGCCGGGAGUUCUUGGAUUCAUUGGUGUGUAAACUUUUAUCCUCUUCUCAAUUAAUGAGUUUUUCAUCAUUGUUCUACAAGAACGCUGAAGAGAGUCAAGUCAUGAGGGAAAGUUUAGACGGGAUGGCGUGCUUGAAAUUUCUCUUGAUGUGGAUAUAUGUUAUUAGGGAAAUCGAAGCAAGGAAGGCAACUACACCGUUGAAGAAAAUCGACAAAAAAGAAAUUAUACUCUGGGCUAAACAGAAGGUGGAGAAUGAGAUGAUUUCUGGCGUUUAUAACGAUGGUCUAAUUAGGAACUUCGAGAUGCAUGAUUUGGACGAUAAUAUUCUCGAUUCCAUUAUUACUGAAGACGUUUGGAUUGAUUCACUUUUCAAAAAUGAUUUUGCGUUUUGA